AUAGACGGAACAGAUGAAAUAAUUGAGGGUCAAUGGGUCUGGGCAGAGAGUGGAAAACCACUGACCUAUACUAACUGGGUACCAGGUGUUCCUGAACCUAACCCACGAAGAGAUGAAAACUGUUUGGAGAUAGUCAAAUGGUCAACCCACGUGGGUCAGUGGAAUGACGACAACUGUAUAGAUACAUCACAUUUCAUCUGUGAAAUGGAUUACCCAGCUGGAGGUCCCGGUGGAAUAUUAGGAUAAAUGGUAUAAAGAGUAUUUAUUGCUGUUAAAGAAGAAUAUCGUGUUUUUGAAUAAAAUGGUGUCUUUUUGAUAAUAAUUGUUGACUCAUCAGGUGAUGUGAAGCUGCUUGUACAAAAUGUUUAAGGAACUCAUGCAUAUAACAACUCAAAAAUUUCUAUGAUAACAAUUUGUGUCGCUGUUUCAGAGGAU